CCAAAUUUAUCCGAACAAAGCAGAAGCUUGGGGGAAUCAGGCAGGCAGACCCUUCUCUGGAGUGAGAGAGAGAGGGAGCGAUAAAGAAAGAAAAUUAAGAGCCUGCAAAGCGGCUCCACUGGCUGGACUUGUCAGUUUGCACGGAAAAACCAGGCAGUGCAUUGCGGCGGAGAGCCAAAGAGAGGGAGCGAAGGCGGGAUGGGGGUUUGUAUCGGCCUCUUGCCCCCCCUUUUUUGCACGUGCUUGUUUUUGUUGAUGGGGCUGAGCCCGGCCCCGGCAUCACGUGCCUCCUCGACGGCUCUCAUUGUGUCGGGAGCCGUGUGUGUGUGUGUGUGUCACUGAUCAAUGUCAUGACUUCCUCCUCGGGCUGAGCAAGCGGCUGCGUCGGGGAGGACCCGGUGGAAGGAAGCCGACUGCGUUGAUCUCGUCGCCCCCAACUCCUCCACCUCCACAUAUACACGCUCUUUCGCUCCCUCUCUCUCUUACACACACACAACUUGCCCGGCUGCACCAGCUUCCUCGGCAUUCCUCUGCAGCCUCCGCCGCCGCCACCACCCUCGCUGCUCCGCGCAUCGCACCAAGCCUCCUGGGCUCCCCCCUGCGGGACGGCGGGGGGCGAAGAAGAUGAGCGCAGGGCACGUCGUGUGCACGGGCUGGCUCAUCAAAUCGCCCCCUGAGAAGAAGCUCAAGAGAUACGCUUGGCGAAAGCGCUGGUUCGUGUUGCGCCAGGGCCGAAUGAGUGGAAACCCUGAUGUCCUGGAGUAUUACCGAAACAGCCAUUCCAAGAAACCCAUCCGGGUGAUCGACCUGAACGAAUGUGAGGUGGUGAAGCACUCGGGCUCAAGCUUCAUCAAGAAAGAAUUCCAAAACAACUUUGUCUUCAUUGUGAAAACGACUUACCGCACCUUCUACCUGGUGGCCAAGUCAGAGGAGGAAAUGCAGGUUUGGAUACACCACAUCACCCAAAUCUGCAACUUUGGACAUUUGGAAGAUGGAACAGAUUCCGGAGACAGCCUCUCCCACACCACCACUUCCCCGCAACCUUCACCAGCCGCCUCUGCCCACGCCUUGAGGGUUGCAGACCCUUCCCUUUUGGCCGACCAGGCUGCUGCGGAUGCUUCUGCUGCAGAGGAGACGGCAAGCGAGUCAGAGUCUGUCUUCCUUCCUGACUAUCUGUUCUUAUCAAACUGUGAGACCGGAAAACUCAGUCAUGUCAGGUGCCACAGCUGGUCCAAUUCUGAACGAUCCCUGGAGCAGACUUCAUCAGAUGAUGUCUUUGUUGACUUUGUAGCAUCUCAGCCCUCACUUUAUCUACAGCCUUCUGGCAUCCUUCUGCAAGAGAUGCCCCAGGCAAUGGGUCAUGGGGCUCUUCUCAAGAAUGCAGAUUCAAGCGGUCCCCCUUCCAGUGAUUUCUCCUCUUCCUCACCUCUUUCAGGACCUCCCUUGACACCAACAUUAUUGGUUGAUAAAAGCCCGAGUGCUCUUUCCUAUGGCAUUACUGAACUUGAUGUUCUGGGCAAUACACCACCACCAAGGCCUCCUAAGCCAACCCACUUUGCAGACAAACGGGUUGAAGAGCCAUCCAGUGGGGCCCUUCAGAAUGGACACAUUGGGAUUUCCUGUGCUCAAGGGGCAUUGGUGCCAAGGAGAAUCUCCUUGUCUGGAUUGGAUAGCAUGAGAAGUUGGAGAGCUGACUUGGAAGGAAAUUCCUUAAGACGCAGGGAUAAGAGGCUUAGCUUGAAUUUGGUUCAAUCCUCGGCAUCUGCAGGUGGAGUUGAGAGAGAUCCUCGUCUGAAAAUUUGGAGAGCUUCUGCCAGUCAGUGUAGAGGAUACCAAGCAAGAUGGACCAAUAAGUCAGCUUCCUCUCCAAGUCGUUUUAGCCCUCUCUACUCCUGCACAUCAAAUAGUUCCGAGGACAGUUAUGUGCCAAUGCACCCUAGCAUCUCCCCACCCAUCACGGGAUCUGACUGCACACCUGAUGGCUACAUUCCCAUGAGUCCAGGCUCAGCUACGUUUAUCCGCUCUGCAGCCAGCAUGGAAAAAAUCUCCAGUCCUCUGCCCGAGCUCCCCACAGACCUGGAACCACCUCCGGUGAACCGGGAUCUCAAGCCUCGUCAAAAAUUCCGACCACCUCCGCUGGACCUGCGAAACCUUUCCACCAUCCGAGAACAUGAUGCCUUAACCAGGACGUGGACUGUGCCUUACAAUCGAACAAGCUUUAUCUCUCCAGAAAGAGACUGCAUUAAUUCAGCGAGAGUAUUUGCCAGUUCAAUUUCCGGAGAGGAAGAAGAAAGUUACAUUCAAAUGGAGCAAGCAACAUCUCCAUGCAAUGGAGCAUUCCAAUGGCCAAAGAACUUCAGCCUUGAUUAUUUAGCACUGGAUUUUAAUUCCGCUUCUCCGUCUCCUGUACAAAAGAAACCUUUCCUCUCUGAAGAACAAAGAGUGGAUUAUGUCCAAGUAGACGAGCAGAGAACUCAAGCUCUCCAAAACACUAAGCAGGAAUGGACAGAUGAAAGGCAAUCCAAAGUUUGAAGAGAGAAGCGUUGACUAGCUUGAAUUUGCACAUUAAAAUCCAGGAAGUUUGGAUGAUUCAGCAGUGGCAGUGCAAAGCAGAAGUCUCUGGCAGUGUGAGAUGGAGUGAUGGUCAGCCACUUUCUUCAGAAGCCACAUCUUUUGGAGAUGGAAGGAGCACAUCAGUGAGAGAGGAUUGAGUUGUACUAUGUCCAGAUCACACAGUCACUGUUAUCUUCUCAAUCCCUCCUUCCAGUAAGGACCUGUGGUACCAUUUUAACACCUGAAUUUGGUCCUCUCUAAACACUUAAUGGGAACAAAAGCCUUGCCAUGUCACAUGAAACACUGCAAUUACUUAUUUCUGUUUUAGAUAUAUGUAUAUAAAUGUAUAUAUUCCUGCCUAUUUAACAGAUGCUGCAUCUACUGUAGUGUCUGGUACUGACAGGUGUUUGAGAAUAAGGGCUAAACAUUGGAAACAAUUUAAAAACAAACUUUUUUGCAGGGGUGGGGGGAGUGGGAGUUGAGGAUUACCCUUAGUGUAAUAUGUUUAACUGUCAUUCAUUUAUUGAAGAAUGUAAAUAGAACUUUGCACUGUUGAAAAUGGAAAUAAUUGUUCCCCUCUUGUGCUCAUCAUGCAUCAUGGAAAACUCGCAUCCAACACAGUUAAUCUUGCCCUACUUUCGUGGCCACCUUUCCAUCUGAUGAGCUCACAAUGCAUUUGGGGGUUUCCUUUUCCUUCUGUUAUGACCUGUGCUGCAAGGAGUUGCUUCCAACGUAGCACAAGCCCUCCUGUGCAUCCUCUCACUUAACUGAACCUUUCCGAAAGAAAUCAAUGGAAGCAGCAAAGCUACUUCUUCUUUCAUUAAAACAAAGCCUUGACACAGUUGGCCAAGCAUCAGAAAGCAUUAUCUACAUAGUAAAGGAAUAAAAUGGCGUUGAGAUACCCAGGGAUGGUCAUCUGGCUUAUGGAUGUCAACCAGGGCAAUCGUCCCAGAUUGCAGAGCAAGGAUUUUGCUCCCACGGUUGAUGCUAGGAAAUGACUGGAACAAACUUGCUAAAGUCUUUUAGCAGUAAGAUAUUUUACUUCACAUUUAGCCUUCUUUUAAUAAAAAUAAAUGAGGACAUAGCAACUCUGGUCUUCUGUUGGGGGCAGUAGUUUGCUAAAUUGGGACUGUUUUCAUGUUUGAAAGGGCUUCCACUACCCCAGUUACCACCUCUCCCUCCCUGUCCCUGCUGACAGGGCUCCUUUGUCUAUAACAGCUUAGUGGCAGGCUGAAAUUGAACCAAUGAAGCUUUCGCUAAUCACUGCUCCUACAUACAUAAGAAAGCUGUGCUGGUUGGAUAUCUUUUGGGGCCGGCUACAACACUGCUGCUUGUAUGGACACUGCCAGUAAAGAAAAGGGUUAUUGCCAAUUAUUGGGUCUCGCAAACAGGUUCAUUUCAAUGAGUUGCUUGGAUGUUGGUAGGGGUGGUCAACAUGUCACCUUCUAGAUCAGGGGUCAGCA